UGGACACCACGUGGCUCAGCUUACGCUACAGUAAUCACCCUCCUCACCUCUUAGGGUUGUUGCUUGCAAGGAUUAAAUGAGUGCUCCACGCAGAGAAUGAGCCCUGGGUCACACGCAGCUGCCCCAUCCUUCUUUGUCAUCCUUAUUUUUCCCACUCCCUGGGGGAGCGCACAGCUGGUCUUGGCACGGCCAGGACACCUGGAGCCUGCGGCCCCCUCCCCGCCCCCCGCACUCCCUGGUGUCGCCUUCCCGAGAGGCUCGGGUUCCCGGAUCCCCUUACCCAGGCGGCUCGGCUGUCUGUCGCGCCCUGAGCCGGGGGAGGGGAAGCUGCAGGAAGCAGCGGAUCCGGCGGCGGUGGCGGUGGCCCCGGUGGCCAAGCUCCUCCUGCCAUGGAGACCCCAGCGGCCCGCGAGGCCCAGGGAGCCGAGGCCUCGCGCCUGCCUGCGCCCCCGCCCUCGCCCGCGCCUGCGGAGCCCCCGGCCGAGUCCCCCACCCCCGCCACACCCCGCGCCCGCCCGCGCCUCGUCUUCCGCACGCAGCUGGCGCAUGGCAGCCCCACGGGCAAGAUCGAGGGCUUCACCAACGUCCGCGAGCUCUACUCCAAGAUCGCCGAGGCCUUCGGGAUCUCGCCCACAGAGAUCUUAUUCUGCACCCUAAACAGCCACAAAGUGGACAUGCAGAAACUCCUGGGCGGCCAGAUAGGGUUGGAGGAUUUUAUCUUUGCCCACGUGCGCGGUGAGACCAAGGAGGUGGAGGUCACUAAGACUGAGGAUGCCCUGGGACUGACCAUCACGGACAAUGGGGCUGGCUAUGCCUUCAUCAAGAGGAUCAAGGAGGGCAGCAUCAUCAACCGGAUCCAGGCAGUGUGCGUGGGCGACAGUAUCGAAGCCAUCAACGACCACUCCAUUGUUGGCUGCCGCCACUAUGAGGUGGCCAAGAUGCUCAGGGAACUGCCCAAGUCACAGCCCUUCACCCUGCGCCUGGUGCAACCCAAGAGAGCCUUCGACAUGAUCGGCCAGAGGAGCCGGAGCAGCAAAUGCCCCAUGGAGGCAAAAGUCAGCAGCGGGAGGGAGACCCUGCGGCUUCGUUCGGGAGGGGCUGCCACCGUGGAGGAAGUGCCCAGUGAAUUUGAGGAGGAAGCAACCCAGAGGGUGGAUGACCUGCUGGAGAGUUACAUGGGCAUUCGGGACCCAGAGCUGGGUAAGGGGCCAGGCGUCCACCAUGGUGGAGACAUCCAAGAAGACAGCGAGCGUCCAGGAGUUUGCACGCCAUUUAGACUCCGUCUUGGGCGAGUUCGCCUUCCCAGACGAGUUUGUGGUGGAGGUGUGGGCCGCCCUCGGCGAGGCCAGGGAGGUCUGUGGCUAGUCUGCCCUGGGGCCGAGCGCAGCCCCAGCCCAGAGCUCAGCCCCCUGCCCCAACCCUUCCAGCCAGUUCCUGAAGUCCAACCCUGCUCCCAAGGCCAGAAGCCCAGAUCUGAGACCCAGUCCUGCUCUAGAACCCAGGCCAGCUCCAAAAACCAGCCUCCUGCUAGAGCCCAGGCCAGCCCUGAGACUCAGCCCUGUUCUGGAACCCACACCCGUUUCGAGACCAUGUCCAGCUCUAAGACCCAACCCUGCUCUAGAGCCCAGGCCCCCUCUGAGGCCCAGUUCAUCACUAGAAUCCCAUCCAGGUCUGAGAUGGAACCCAGCUCCAGAACGCAGCCGAGUUCCACAGCCCAGCUCUCCUCUAGAACCCAGGACUGCUCUGAGGCUAAGCUGAGCUCUGACAUGAAGUCAAGUUUUGGAACCCAGACAAGUUUUAAGGGCCAGCCCAGCUCUGAAAUCAAUCCUAGGUUGGAAAGCCAGGCCAGCUUUCUGACCGAGCCCUGCCAUAAAACUCGACCCAACUCCGGAAUGCAAAACAGCUCCACCACACAGCCGGAUCUGGACACCGGGUCUAGCUCGGGAACAUCAGUAAGUUCUGGUACCCAGGUGAGACUCAAGAAGCAACCCAGCUCCAGAAGCCACACCAGCUCAGGAUUCAGAGACGGUUCCCAAACCCAACCCUAUUCACAAACCCAGACCAGCUCAGGAACCCAGAUGGAUGCUGCAGCCCAGGCCAGGUCCAGACCCCAGCCCUGCUCUAAAACUCAGUUGCGCUCAAGUACCCACCCCCAUCCCAGGGCCCAGUCCAGCCUCAGCGACGAGUCCAGCUCGGAGACUGAGCCCAGCUCUAGAGCCCAGUCUAGUGAGACACGCAAGCUCAUCUCCAGAAUUCAGACAAGCUCUGGACCCCCAGCUACCUCUGGGGCGAGGCUUGAUGCUGAGCUGUACAUUUCCUGCAGAACACAGAGCAGCUCCAGAACGCCAUCCAGCUCUGGGACCCAGACAGAGUUCAAGUCCUGGCCGAUUUCCAGAGUUCAGUCCAGCUCAGGCACCUCACUCGGCUCCAGAACUCAGCUAAGUUCUAGAGCACAGCCUAGCUCUGAAAGCCCAUCCAGCUCCAAAGCCCAGUCACUUGUUGAGUUGAGUUCCAGAAUCCAGCUAAAGUCUGGAAUCCAGUCAAGUCCUGUGACCCAGACCAAUGAAGCAACAGACUUAAGCUCCACAGAUCUGUUGAGCUCUGAGAGCAGACCCAGCUCCAGGCCUCAGCCCUGCCCAGGAACUCAAAAACUGUCUGGGACUCAGCUCAUCUCAGAAACCCUGCCAAGCUCUAGAUACCAACUCCAGGCCACAACCCAGGGAAGCUCUAGUAUUGAGUCAGAUUUUGGGAGGCAGACCAGCUCUGGAACUCAGCCCAUUUCUAAAGCACAGCCCAGCUCUGGGACUCAGACAAGUUCAAGAAUUCAGCCCAGCUCGGAAACCCAUAUCAGAUCCAGAACCCAGCCUGUUUCUGGAACUCAAUCCAGCUCCAAAAUCCAGACUGAUUCUGGAACCCGUCUGAGCUCUGAGGCCCUGCCCAGCUCUGGGACUCAGAUCAGUGCAAGAAUUCAGCCCAGCUCUGGAGUCCAUCUUAGUUCUAGAACCCAGCCUAUUUCUAGAACCCAACCCAGAUCCAGAAUCCAGGGCAGCUCCAGGAUUCAGCUUAGCUCUGAGACUCAACCCAGCUCUGAAACCCAGACCAGUUCAAGAAUACCACCCAGCUCUGGAACCCAACUCAGCUCCAGAAUGCAGACCAGUUCUGGGACCCAGCUCAGCUCUGAGACACAGCCCAGAGGACAAAUGCAGCCCAACUCUGAAACUCACCUCAGUUCCAGAACCCAGCCUGUUUCUGGAACGCAAUCCAGCUCCAGAACCCAGACUGGUUCUGGAUGCCAGCCUAGCUCUGAGAUCCAGCCUAGCUGUGGAACAAGUUUAAGAGUUCAGCCCAGCUCUGGAGCCCAGCUCAGCUCCAGAACCCAGCCCAGCUCCAGGAUUCAGCUCAGCUCUGAGACUCGACCUAGCUCUGAAACCCAGACCAGUUCAAGAACACAGCCCAGCUCUGGAACCCAACCCAGCUCCACAAUGCAGGCCAGUUCUGGAACCCAGCCCCGCUCAGGGACGCAGACUGGUUCAAGGAUUCAGCCCAGCUCUGGAGCCCAGCUCAGCUCCAGAACACAGCCCAGCUCCAGAAUUCAGUUCCGUUUUGAGACUCACCCCAGCUCUGAAACCCAGACCAAUUCAAAAACUCAGCCCACCUCUGGAGUCUACUUUAGUUCCAGAACCCAGCUGGUUUCUGGAACCCAACCCAGCUCCAGAAAGCAAACCAGUUCUGGAGUCUACUUUAGUUCCAGAACCCAGCCGGUUUCUGGAACCCAACCCAGCUCCAGAAAGCAAACCAGUUCUGGAACCCAGCUCUGCUCUGAGCCCCAGAACAGUGCAAGAACACAACCCAGCUCUGGAGUCCACCUUAGUAUCAGAACCAAAUCUGUUUCUGAAACUCAAUCUAGCUCUGGAAGCCAGACCAGCUCAAGAAUCCAGCUCAGCUCUAGAAAUGGACUCCACCCACAGACGCCUGGCCUUGACCCCCAAACCCGACCUGAUCCCACUCCCCCAGCUCUACUUCAAAACCCAAGCCCAAAACCCAGAACCCCAACUCCAGGUCCUAGCAAAGUCUCUUGUCCUCAGCCCCAGCCCCAUGAUCUGGUACAAGGAACCCAGGUUGAUACCGGCCUGGGCCAAAGUCCAUCAACUUCCCACUUGACCCCACAGCCACAGCCCGCUUCAGCCCCCCAGAAACCAGCCCUUUCCCCCAAGCCACAGCUGGGAUCCCAAAAGUCCACCCCAUUCACCAAAUUUGUCAUCUCUAGUUCUGCCCCCAGGGUGUCCCUCCUGUGUUCCCAGCCCCCUCAACCCUUAGCUCAGGGGCCUGCCCCCUCCCCUGUGCCCAGGGAAUCAGGGCUGGCUCCUGGGGGUCGGAGCCCCUUUUCCAUAGCCCCCAUGACCCCCCUCCCCUCUCAUGCUCCUCCAUGCCUGAGUCCCCCAGAAACAGCAGGUGAACUCGCCCCCCACCGGCAGGGGGUGGGGGAAGGGUAGAAACGGGGGCUUUGGUUUCACUCAGGCCUGGCUCAGGAGGUGUAAGCAGAUCCCAGGUCUAUGGAGGGGAAGCAGGGUGGAGGGGGUGCAGUUUGCUCCUCAUGUACCUCGAGGGCUCCUGGGGAAUAAAGGCAUCUCCCACCCAUGCA